AUGGCAGCACCCCAUACUCGCGCCAACAGCUCUCUCGCUACCAUGAUGGAAGAUCCGUUCGUGUCGACCUCGGGCCAACCCGCGGGUCCUCGUGAAUCCCACCGGUACUCCUCAUUCGACACGCAACUCUUCAGUCUCAAUGCUUCUUCGCCUGCACAGGCCAAGCGAGCCCUCGAGGCUCAUUUGGCCGAGACUGAGCGUCGAUUGGAGGAAGCGUCCAAGUUGGGAACGGCUCUGAUCGAGCAGCAGCGAGAACUCACGGAGCAGCUGAAGGAAGUGGAGCAGCAGCAAGAUGAAGGUGAAAUGGGACCGGAGCUGCGGCAGCGACUGGCCGACUUGGAAGAGGAGUAUAAUGAGAUUGGUCGGGAAGCCGCUCGUGCCUUUUUGGCUCCGAAGCGGUUGGCAGGUGGCUCGGAGGACCCUCAGCCGGGUACUCCAGGGUUCGAUCAAAAGUCUCCCCUCAGUUCUGCUCUUUUUGCAAGCCAAGCGACCAAUUCUCCCAGCAAAGUCAGCGUUCCCUCUCGCAAGCAGCGUAACCAACCGUCCAGCCGUGUCCACGAUAUCGAGUUUGCAACUGAGAUUUCCACCUCUCUACUAGCCCAGGUCCGUCAAUUACAGGCACUACUAGCCGAGAGGGAGGAGACUCUCAAGUCGGUCAACCUAGAGAAGUCGCGGUUAGAAAUCGAAGCGGAAGGCUACUCCCAGCGCAUCCGUGCCCUUGAUGACAGCGAGCAACGGUACAAGGAUGAGAACUGGGCUCUGGAGACGCAGACCCACGAGCUCAUGGCGGCUGUCAAAGACGCAGUGGAGCGCGAGAAGAGGCUCAACAGCAGCCUGAGCACCUCGAACUCGGAGAAGAGCGCCGUCGAAAGGGAAUUGGAGGAGCUGAGGCAAGCUAAUGCGAAGCUAGUGGAGGAACAAGCAAUUUCACAGAAGGCGAAUGACUCUGAAAUUCAUCUGCUACGUCGGAACUUGACUGCUGGUGAUGCAGAGAAACUUGCGCUUCACAAAAAGCUGGAAGAAUUGACGGGCCAGAACCAGGAGCUGGCGAAGGCGGUUGCUAUGAGGAUCCGACAGUAUGAAUCGCAAGGAUCUCGCGAUCUGCCCGACGAUCGUGACGAUGAAGAGGCCGAGCAAAUCACGCCUGAAAGCUCGCCCCCUCCGUCCCCCAACAAGUUCACCCCUCGGCACAACCACUUGGAAUCCGAGACUCUCAAGAGCUCACUCGGCCAUGCUCAUCGUAUGAUCCAAAAUCUCAAGAGUACUAUCCAUCGCGAAAAGACCGAGAAGAUUGAGCUCAAGCGCAUGCUGCAAGAAGCCCGGGAUGAGGUCGAGCAGCGUCGUCGUGAGACCAAUGCUCCCAACGCGUCCACCAAGCGCUUGAAAACCAAAGACAAUUCUUUCCGCAAGCCUGCUCGCCCAGAUCUUCUGGGUGCUGGCCGUAAGGAAAAGUCUUCGGUUGAGCUGGAGCUUCAUGAUACUGAUUGGGAAGACAAUGCGGGCCAGGGCAGUCCCACCCGCCGUCUCCCCCCAGAUGAGCCUAGUGAUAUCUACCAGACUGCCACUGAAGCCGAAGACGGAUUUGAGACAGCAAACGAGCGGGCCACGGCAACGGAGAGCGAAGCUUUCCAGACCGGUGUUGAAAGCAUGGCCGAUGACAGCAGUGACGACUCCGCUGAUUUGACCGAGACCGAGAAUAAUGUCCAGACUACUCCUCGCACCCGAGUCCCAUCUCUGAUGAUGGCCAAGGCGCGCGAUCGUAACUCCUACCACAGCACGGCGUCUGCCACAUCCGAUGAGGAUGAGACAGAUGGAGGCUUCCCGUCCCCCAGCCAAACUCAUAUUUCUAGCCGUCGUGUGAGGUCAAAGCGAAGCGUUCUCCGGCGAAUCCGCCCCUCCGGAGAGGCACCGAUGGCAUCGAACAGUCGUCCAUCUAGCGCUCGCAAUUCCCCGGCGCCGAGCUUCGAAGAGCGGCCUGUAGCCCAGGAGGGCCAGAGCCUCUUUGCGGAACUCGCCGAACUAGAGGGUGGUGAGGAGGAGGAAGAUGGUGCUGGUGAUGCUUCCCAAGCCUCAACGCCGCGCAUGGGCCCUUCAUUGGACUCUCGGAGGCCCUCUGAGAUCAUGCUCGACUCAUUGCCUAAGCCCGUCAUGGUCGAUUCUGGUAUGAUGACGGAUCCCUGGGAGCCAAGCACUCCGGUUGCUGCCAUGGCAGAAGCUGCUGUUGCAGGAGCCGCAGUUGCUAGUGUCGCCGGUGCCGCUGUCUCUGCCGUUUCGGAGCCAACUACGCCUCAGAGAAGUGUGGACCGUGAGAUUGCUGCGGAAGGCGAAGAGACGCCCAAGUUGGUCAGCUCAGGUACCCAGUGGACACCACUCAAGCCUGGGACUGGAGAUAAUGAUCACCUGGCCAACGUUCCCACCCCACCAAAGAUGGCCUGGGAUGAGCGUGCGGUGGAAGCCCAGUUGGUGGAGGCUAGUACGCAGGCCGAGCCAGCGGAGAUGGGCAUUGCCACAAUCUCUUCUCAAGAAACUCUUCCCACCGCGCCUAGCUGGCCAGAACUAGCUAUUUCGUACCUGCCUGGCGGUUCCACCGAACCUGUGAAACAAGAGCUGCCCGUUCCUGAGAUUCCUAAAAUGAGCUUCUCUUCAAUCGCGUCGCAGUCGACUGAGCCCGUGCAGGCAAUCAUUCCCGAGCCAGAGCCUGUGGUUCCUGUCGAGCCUGUUCGGGAGCUGCCCGAGCUGUCCUUGUCCUCUCACUUCAUCCACGCAACGGAGCCUGUUCAGGCCCGGCUUCCCGAACCUGAGCCUCUUCCGGAACCUGUCGUUGAAGAGAUCUACAUUCCCGACAUGGCGGUGUCGACUAUUUCAUCGCAGCAUACGGAGCCAGUCGAGGCCGAACCUGCUCCCGCGCCAGAGCCCAUUAUAGUUCCUGCUCCUGUGCCGGAGCCAGUCAUCCCAGAUCUGUCUAUCUCUCUGCUGGAUCCUGCAUUCACAGAGCCAGUCAAGGCAGUGCCUGCACCACCACCAGAACCGAUUGUGAUUCCGGCGCCUGUACCGGAGCCGAUUCUGCCAGAUCUGUCAAUAUCUCUGCUAUCCCCCGCAGUUACGGAGCCGGUCAAGGCGGUCCCUGCUCCUCCGCCAGAGCCGGUCAUCCCAGAUCUGACAAUCACCCUGCUUGAUGCGGCAUCCACGGAGCCUGUCACACCCAGGGUGGUCGAGCUUCCUCCUCUGCCGGUGCCUUCCAUCUCUACCCUGCGUUCCGUUGAAACACAGCCAGUCCAAUCUGUGGUACGCGUCAUUCCUCGCAUGAGUGACUAUGCAAUCCAAACAGAUCCUAUGGAGGAGCCAAAGGCUGUCGCGGCUGCAGUGGUCAUCCACGAAGACGAGCAAGAUAGGUCUAUCGAACCAGCUCGUGACCGUUCUGGUACUAGCACUAGUGACCGACGAAGAAGCACCGGUCUGGCUUUGAGUGACAUUUCUGGCAACGCGUUGCUGCCUCAGUCAGAUAGACAACGUCCCAGCUUCGUCAGCUCAGACCAGGGAUCUCAGACGAUUCUUUCUUCGAAGCAAAUCGAUCAGAUUCUCGUGGACCGGGAGUCUGUUCGGCCAGUUUCUUCUGCUGACGGCAGGCAAACAAUGGAGAUGGCCGCCCUUGGAGCUGCUGCAGGAGCUGCAGCCGCAUCUCCAUUCGCCACUCCUAAGCUGAGACCUCGCCUCCAACCACAAUCAUCUGCUAGAUCUGGAGCAUCAAGCCAAAGACGUCCCGACACUGCGAGUAGCCAAACGUCUUCUCUUAGUGUCCACCCUCCAUUGCCAGCUGACCACCGUGAAGCCAUUGCGGCCGCUGAGAAGAGGUCCAUUGAUAUUCCUCCUGCUCCGUCGCCCGGCACGAUGGGUCCUCCUCUGGCGCCCGCCUCUGCCUAUCGGGUGAACGUACAGACCGCCCCGCGCACGCCGAACGACCAGAGCACAGGGCCGGGAUCCGCACGAACCGUUUCCACCCAGGCUCGUAUGAGGAGAGGAAGUCAGAGCCAGAUGUCAAGGCGGUCAUCGGUGUCUUCAUUCGCCUCCGAACUCGAGGAGCGGUUCAACAUGAACCCCUAUGCUGGACCUAUGCCUCACGGCUAUGGCACUAAUACCGACCCCCGCAUGAUCCAAGCCAUCACCCAGACCAUGAUUGGCGAAUUCUUGUGGAAGUAUACCCGUAAGACUGGUUCUUCAGACAUGUCGUCGACGCGUCACCGGCGCUACUUCUGGGUCCAUCCAUAUACACGCACGUUAUACUGGAGUGACCAGGAUCCGCAGACUGCGGGCAAGUCUCAGCUUCGGACUAAGAGUGUUCCUAUCGAAAGUGUGCGAGUGGUUGCAGAUGACAACCCGUAUCCACCGGGUCUUCACUGCCGAAGCUUGGAGGUCAUCAGCCCUGGUCGCAAGGUCCGCUUCACUGCCACGACAAGCCAGCGACACGAAACCUGGUUCAACGCCUUGUCUUAUCUACUCCUUCGAGAGAGCAAUGACAAUGGCGAGGACAAUGACAACGGCGUGACUCUGGACGACAUUGAUGAGUUUAAUCCUGGCUUCAGAUCCUCCUCGCGCCAGACUGCCCGUAUGUCGUUGUCUUCAUACAACAGCCGCACUCAUCGCCAGCCACCCAAGACACAGCGUGCGGCCUCGGCCAUGUCUAUGCGCUCGACUGGAGGCACUCCUGGGCGUGCAUCCCCGGCCCUGAGCACCUCUGGGCCUAAUUCCUCGUUGCAAGUUCCCGAGGAUCCUCCACAGCGGUCCUCGUCCCGUCUCAGUACAAUCCUGAAUAGCUCGAUCCGUGGAUCGAUCGCCAGCCUGAAGGGACGCCAUGGCCAAGCAGCUAGUCUUCAUGACGAGAGUAUCCGUGACCAGCCCAGUAUUGAGAACCUUGCACAUGAUGCCGAGGACGAAGAUCGCCUCGAGAAUGUUCGCGCCUGCUGUGACGGCAAGCACGACGUGGGUUCGCUCUCGCGCAACAGCCGGUAUAGCCCAAGAGUCGAUCGCAUCCACUCCCACCACUAA